GGGAGCAAAAGGACUCGCGCACGAUCGAGUCGAGUCUGUCGUUCCUCUGACAUCGUACAGUGUGCACACCAUUUGCUGUUUCCUGCCCAGUUUUUCUCUCGCUUUACGAGACGUGAAAAGUGUGUCGUGUAUAAAAUGUCGAAUCUAAAACUGGAUCUUGUUACAAUCCAGCUGCCGCUGGACGUAAGGAUAGAUGAGUUCAAGAGUGACGACGAUAAGAUGAAGGACGUGAAUGAUUUCAUUAACGAAAUUGUUGAGAAAGCAAAAGUUGAAGUGGAAAAUCGCAAAGAAGCCGAAGGAAAAGCUGGAUUGGAUGCGUUCGGAUUGCAGAACGGCGGUAAAAAAAUUGGAGCUUCCUUAACGAAAGCCAAAACGUCGGCUCGCACGUUCGCCACAAGAGUAUUUACUGCCAUCUGCAAUUGCACGAAUUCAGUGAAAAGUGCAGUAGUAAAUAGAAAUUAAAUAAAACAACAUUCGGAGUCAUAACCAAAAUUAACAAAGCUUCAUGUCGACAAAUGUAAAAGAAAUGAUUUGAUCACGAUACAAUAUUGGUAAAACAUAUUUUUCUACAAAGCGGUGUUCAUAUUUCUACCAAAAAUUGCUGAAAUAAAAAUUGUUCGGGUUUUUCGACUUAUCCUGACAAUCAAAAUGAUUUUAAAUGAAGAAGGAACAUUUUGGGAACAUAUAUGCACAAUUUUUUUAGCAUUCUAUAUUUACAAACUACUUUUACACUACAAACUAUCUAUUUAACAAGAAUGUACCUGGAAUUGUCUUGCUAACAGUAUAUUAAGUAUUACCACGAAAUUGAUUAAUUGCGUCGAUUGUUUAUUAACGUUUAGCGUCAUGAUGUUUAUUUACCCCAUUUUUUAUUUCCAUUUUUUUUGUAUUUUAAAACUUUGAACUACGUUUGCACACUAAAGUACCAAUUAUAUUAAUUGUUUAAAAUACCAAUUUUUGUGUUUCAAAACCAUAGCAAAACUGGAAGUAGAAAAAAUGAUACUGAAUUAAAUUAUGUUUAUGUUGAGUAAUAAAAUAUUUGUACUUCAA